UGUAAAAGAUAGAUAAACAAUUCUUUCCUGUGCCUUUAUUGAUAUUUAGUAAGGCAUUCGAUUACGUAGUUAGAGUGAAAUAUUGUAAUAAAUUAAGUGAUCAGUUGGAAUGUAUGCUUAGUGUCAUACAAGAGUCUUCAAAAGCAAAUAAAACGGUUACAAAAAUAUUUGAAAUGUCACCAUGUAUCAGUUAUUACUGCUUCCGUUCCACCUUUUGUUCUCAAUUACAAACCACGUGUCUGGAUUUGACAUAAACGAUCCCGCAACAAACCUUGACUACUUCGUGCGAACCAGCGGAAACAAGAACCCAAACAUCAGCACUCUCGUUUAUUUCAAUGGCACGGUGUUUUCGAGACAGCCGAACCAGAUAUUGCAGAAACUGAUGAACUUUGAAGGUUAUAACAUCAACCGUAAAAUCUGGAGUCCAAACGGAAAGGGCGGGUACAGGUCCUUAUCUCUGGAAUUUGUUGUCUACCGUGACCCUGUUACCAUGGAGAUCUUGAAAGUUUUUAUUAAUCCGAUUACCUCGCAACCUAAUGAGGUAUUUUUUGUGGCAAAUAAUCCUGUGAAUGGCAUGUUAGACUUAGGGAAUAUCAUUCCAGCUAAAAUAAUCCCAACGGGUAUUGUGAAUUUUGAUCUAGAUAUAAUUCUUGAAUAUCCAAAUGCACUUGAUCCAGUAUAUUACGCUCCGUAUUCUGCCGGUCCAGUUUAUGACGCAGCUGAACUGUUCACAUAUUUUUCGAAUGUUACGCUGCUUUCGACGGUGAAGGACAUAAGCGUCGGAAUGACCGGAACUUGGAUUCGGAAAUCCCAGUUUCUACCCUGGAUGAAUAUGUCAAACUCGCCCGGAAAUCUAUAUUACACAACACUCGCUUGGACUUGCCAUGAUGGAUUUUCGUGUGUUGCUGACGAUAUAAAGGACCUAGUCAUGCAACAGUAUUCUCAGUUUAUUGAUGCUCCAAAAACGUUUGAAAUACCGAAUGAAACUUCUUGGACACAGUUUAAAAAGGUAAUUGAUAGCAGACGACGACGAGGUCUACCGGAAAUAAUUUUACCGGAAGUGAAUACUAAAGCAAACUUAACCUUCCAUCAAACGAGUAUUGACGACAGGGUGAAAAACUUUUUUAAACAGGAGCAGUCGUUACAUCUUCUAUUUAACGGUUCUGUUUAUUCUGAAAUAACUGGAAAAGAAAAUAAGCAACUUUUUGGCGUUAUCGGUGAUAUAUUUGUAGGCGUUGUUGACAUUUCUGCACCCAAGAACUUUCAAAUUGUCCUCAGCGCAACCGGGAGCUUUACUGAUCCAGUCACGAAGAAUGUUAUCCAAAAUUGGACAAAUCCUUUCACAAAUGCUACCACAAUUGUCCCUAAUAUAAAGUUUUCGGUUUCGAAAACGGUUCCUGUUGACUUUGUAUAUACAAUUGACAUACCGUAUAGAAAGAGCGUAGGACUAAUUGUUGCUCAUUCGGAGACUUCCGACAAUACACUGAAGGGAACAAGCAGUGAGAACUGGAUUGUAAAUAUAGUUGAUUUGAUUUUCGGAUAUUCUGAACUAGAAAAGGAUCCAUCAGAAAGUUUUGUUUACGGAACUUUCGGAUCCUUUUCGUCAUGGCCUGUCUGGAUGGGUAUGGGAAGUUUACCUGGAAACUUAGUAACAAAGGCUACCGUAUACAGAAUUUGUGAUUAGCAGUAUUGCACGUCUACUGGUCAUCAGCAAAGACUUGAAUACUACAUUUACAUGUUAUUAAUCAGUAGUGUGUUAUACGAAUUCAAUAAUAUACAACAAGUUUAUACAUAAAGUUUUGAUGUUCAUAUAUCGAACUGCGACUCUUGGUCACAUGUUUUAGUCAGAAAUGAUAAGAAAAUCGUUUUAAAAUUGUUAAAUUGUUAAAGUGUAUACUGGCUUCUGGAAGGCUUUAGGCCAUUCUAAAUGCCACCUAUUUAUCUUCUAUAUACAGAAGAAGUUUAUAUCAAGUUAACAAUGUGUUUUCAAGAAGGCAAGUCCUCCCAAGUUUAAGAUCAAGUUAAGGAAUAGAUAUUUUAAUGUUUGUAUAUUAUAUAUUAAGUAUUUUACAGAAUGUUCUGGUAUACCUAAUAAAAUGAAGAUAAUU